AAAAUGGAUAAUUGAGGUUUUGUGCAAGAGCCCUCCUUUUUUCCCCUUAAACCCUUCAAAAAAUUCCCAAUAAAUAAGGCAACAAUGCCCCAAAGUACAAACCUUCGCCUCCUUCUCUCCUCCGCCAACUGCCACCGCCGCCACCCUUUCUCCGCCGCCUCAAAUUUCUUCCCCAAACAUCUCUCCUUCUCAUCCUCUUUCCAAUUUUUCCUAAAACCCCAAUUCAAAACCCGCGAAAUCCCGCUCCUCUUCGCAACUUUUUCAUCUUAUUCCAAAAAACCUUACGCCACCAAUAAUAAUAGCAAUAACAACAACAAAAAUUCACGCUCUUUUAACAGGAAUCGUAGCACUCUGAGCGAAACAGCGAAGAAAGGGGAUAAUAAUAAUAAUAAUAAUAAAAAUAAUAGUGAUAAAGGUGGUUUCUUUGCAAUGGAAGAAAAAAAUACAAGUGCAGAUGAGAAGUUUGGAUUUAAUAGAAAGAGGGCUGAAGGUAGAGAUGAUAGCGAUAGGCCCAAAAAGCAUUUGCAGCUUAAAUCUCGAAAGCUUAAUCCUGCCAAUACUAUUUCUUAUGUUCAGAUUCUUGGAACUGGUAUGGAUACGCAAGACACGUCACCAUCGGUUCUGCUGUUUUUCGACAAGCAAAGAUUUAUAUUCAACGCUGGAGAAGGACUUCAACGCUUCUGCAGUGAGCAUAAAAUCAAAUUGUCGAAGAUUGAUCACAUUUUUCUCUCACGUGUCUGCUCGGAAACUGCUGGCGGUCUUCCAGGUCUUUUAUUGACCCUGGCAGGCAUGGGUGAUGAAGGAAUGUCUGUGAAUGUGUGGGGUCCGUCGGAUUUAAAAUACCUAGUCGACGCAAUGAAAUCGUUCAUCCCCAACGCUGCUAUGGUCAACACACGUAGCUUCGGGCCCACACCGGAUUCUAACGAAUCUUCUAGAAGCAUGCCACAUAGGAUUGACGAGCCUUUUGUUCUUAUCGAUGACGAGGUGGUCAAACUAUCAGCUAUACUCUUAAGACCAAGCCUUUUAGAAGUUUCCGAGCCGAUGAAGGAAAAAUCUAGUGCCAAUGGUGAUAUUUCUGUUGUCUAUAUUUGUGAAUUGGCAGAAAUUAAGGGCAAAUUCGAUCCCAAAAAAGCUAUUGCUCUUGGAUUAAGGCCUGGCCCGAAAUUCCGUGAACUACAGCUCGGAAAUUCUGUUAAAUCGGAUAAUCAAGAUGUUAUGGUACACCCGAGUGAUGUAUUGGGUCCUUCUGUGGCUGGUCCUAUCGUAAUAUUGGUCGAUUGUCCAACCUCUUCGCAUUUGCACGAGUUAUCGUCUCUAAAAUGUCUUGCUCCUUAUUAUAUAGAUACAGCUUACGAUGUUCCGGAAGGUUCUAAACUCGUGAACUGUGUAAUUCACCUAACUCCAGAAUCUGUGUCGAAGACUGAGGAUUAUCGAAUGUGGAUGUCGAAAUUUGGAGGCGCUCAGCAUAUUAUGGCAGGGCAUGAAAUGAAAAAUAUCGAGGUGCCGAUUUUAAAAGCGAGUGCAAGAAUCGCAGCACGUCUUAACUAUUUGUGUCCUCAGUUUUUUCCGUCUCCCGGUUUUUGGUCUCUGCAGAACUUGAAUUUAUUGCCAUCUGAGGCAAUGGCAUCACCACCUAAGAUUCCCUUGUUAAGAACCAGCGCACUGAUUCCAGCAGAGAAUCUUCUCAAGUUCCAGCUUCGUCCCUAUGCAAAUCUUGGACUCGACAAAUCAUCGAUACCGAGUUUAUCAUCUCCCUCGGAAAUCAUCGAAGAGUUACUAUCCGAGAUUCCAGAGGUUAAAGAUGCUUCUCAACAAAUAACCAGUUUCUGGUCAGACAACAAAAAAGAUAUUAAUAUGGAAAAGACAAUCACAGAAGAGCCUUGGUUGUCUGAAAAUACACUCCCACCUUGUCUAGAAAACUUAACUCGAAAAGACAUGGAAAUUGUUCUUCUCGGAACCGGUUCUUCUCAGCCCUCUAAAUAUCGAAACGUCAGUUCUAUUUUCAUCGAUUUAUUCUCCAAAGGAAGCUUACUCUUAGAUUGCGGUGAAGGAACCCUUGGACAGCUUAAACGAAGAUUUGGUGUACAAGGUGCCGACGAAGCUGUAAGAAAAUUAAGAUGCAUAUGGAUUUCACAUAUACACGCAGAUCAUCACACGGGUCUAGCAAGAAUUCUCGCCCUUCGACGAGAUUUAUUAAAGGGGACAUCUCACGAGCCCGUGAUUGUGGUGGGCCCGAGGCAGCUCAAGAGAUUCCUUGCUGCAUACCAGAGACUCGAGGAUUUAGACAUGCAGUUUCUAGAUUGUUCUCAAACCACAGAAGCUUCUAUAGAAUCAAAUCAAGGAGACAACAACAACAACAACAACAACAACAAAAACGGGAAUGCCGAUUCUACUCUAUUUACAAGAGGGGUUCCAAUGCAGAGCUACUGGAAAAGACCGAUUAGCCCCUCCCAAGUAGCUGCUGCACUUCCAAUACUCGAGUCUUUAAAGAAGGUUCUAAAUGAAGCUGGAUUAGAAGCGUUGAUUAGUUUCCCCGUUAUUCAUUGCCCACAAGCGUUCGGUGUUGCAAUAAGAGCUGCAGAUAGGGUCAACGCCGCCGGAAAGAAUAUUCCGGGAUGGAAAAUCGUCUACUCCGGCGACACUAGGCCCUGUCCGGAGCUCGUCAGAGCUUCUCAGGGAGCCACCGUUCUUAUCCACGAGGCGACGUUUGAGGAUAGUAUGAUAGAUGAGGCGGUUGCGAGAAACCACAGUACGACUAAGGAAGCGGUGGAAGUGGGGAAUUCGGCCGGAGCGUACCGGAUAAUUCUGACGCAUUUCAGUCAAAGGUAUCCGAAGAUUCCGGUUUUCGAGGAGAGCCACAUGCACAAAACGUGCGUGGCUUUCGACAUGAUGAGUGUGAAUUUGGCAGAUGUGCAUGUUCUUCCUAGGGUGGUGCCCUACUUGAAACUACUCUUUAGAGAUGAAAUGAUUGUUGAUGAAUCUGAAGAUGUAGAUUUAGUUACUGCAAUUGCCUAAUUUAAAUUUAAUUUUUGGAGGGAUUUCUA